AAGGAAACUCUGAGAAGCGUUGAGAAGAAAAAGUGAUUUGGUUACUGCGAGGGAGGGGAUUGGCAUCGUUGAGUUCGAAGUUGUAACUCUCACUCCAAGUCUGAGUUCUUUCCCGUGUUUUGAUUUUCUCGAGAAACUUCCAUCAUUCUUCAUCGAUUCCGCUGGAAGAAGAAAGAGAUAGAGAUCGUCUCGCCCUUUUUUUUUUUUGGUUCAUUCGUUCAUCAGAUCUGCAACUCUUCCGGCGUCAUAGAGAGAACGAGAUCCACGAUUCAAGUUUUUUAGAUUAAUCCAUGGCGGAGGAUAAAGAGAUUUCCGACACAGAAAAGAAAGAAUCAGAUGUGGUGAAGAAGAAGAGGAAGGGCGGGGGCUUUUUCUCCCGUAUCUGGAGUAGGCUUCACGGAGACGAUUUGGAGAAGAGAUUACAAAAUAUUUCUAAGGAAGAAGAUGCUGUUCUUGCGAGAAUGAAAAGGAGAUCAGUAAGCUGGAGGAGAAACAGUAGAAAUCUUAUUGCAUUCUCUGUCGUUUUUGAGGUAAUUGCGGUUGGUUUUGCCAUUAUGACAGCAAGAUCAGCGCACAUGGAUUGGAAGAUGAGGGCCUUUCGGAUUUUGCCAAUGUUUCUUUUGCCUGGUUUAUCUGCAGCUGCUUAUUCUGCUUUUGUUAGCUUCACAAGGCUGUGUGAUCGCAGAGACCAGAAAACCCUGGAAAGACUACGUGCUGAAAGGCAAGCAAAAAUUGAUGAACUUAAGGAGAAGACAAAUUAUUAUACAACACAAAAGCUUAUUCAGAGAUACGAUCCUGAUCCUGCAGCCAAGGCUGCUGCUGCUACUGUCCUGGCAUAUAAACUGGGUGCAGACUCAGGCUUGAAAGUCCACUUAGAAGGUGAAUCAAAUCUUAAUGUUUCAACAGGAAAGAGCAGUGAUGUUGAGGUAACGCAAUCUAGUGGUCUUCGAAAUCGUACACAAAUGCACAAAAGAUCCAGUAGUGUGGGAAGUGCUUCAUUGCCUCCAUCAACUCAUCAUUCUAAUGAAGAAACACCUCAUUCUUCCAACAAUGAGAGCCCUCAAGCUCCUGAGUAUAAUCAAGUAGUUGUUAACCAUUUCAAUCCUGAGGGAUCUGGCAUGAGUGGUGGGGGAUGGCUUGCUCGAAUUGCUGCCUUACUUGUGGGUGAGGAUCCAACUCAGUCAUACGCACUUAUAUGUGGCAACUGUCAUAGGCACAAUGGACUUGUUAGGAAGGAGGAUUUCCCAUACAUUACUUACUUCUGCCCCCACUGUCAUGCCCUAAAUAGGCCUAAACAAUUGGAAGAAAAUGUUUCUUGUUCUAGCUCCCCUAAAUUGGACUCCUUGAAAGCAGGUGAAAAUGUUGGUGUAACAGACAAACCCAGUGGUGGUACGAGUGACAGUGCACUGACAAACAAUAGCCCUGUUAGCUCUAGUCCUGAGAUUGAGGAAGUUUCUCAAACAGUACCUUCAGGGAAUCAGGGCAGUUAAAAUACAAAAUCUUGAAAAGCUCUACGAUUGUGACGAGAUGUUUUCUUUGUCAACUCCCAACUGGUUACCUAUGAAUACUGCUCUUGGUCGGGAGAUUUGUACUAGUUUUGCUGUUUGGCUCUGAUGAGAAAUUGUUGCAGUUUCUUACCUAGGAACUUUGUGAUUUUAUCAGCGAACUAUGUGAUUAUAUAUACAUCUGAACAGUCUCCAUGUUUAAUGAAAAGCAAACCAUAUAGUUUGUACCUACAAUGCACGCACUCUCCUUUUAAUCCAUGUCUAAUUUUCUAGACGACUGUAGUAAAUUAUUAGUAGUGACGUGAUUGAAACUGUUCACCUUCCAAAAACAGUCUUGAAUCUAUGCCAAAUUGAUGUAAGAUGAGAUCUGAUCAUGCUGGUAGCAUCUUUUAAGGAGUUUCUCUGCAUUUUUCCCGUUACUACUACUUAGGGUUUUGUUUUGCUUUGGAUCUUACCUCUGUGACUUUGAACGCUCAAUAGAGAUUUUAGGUUUUCGCAUUUAGGAAUCACGACAAGAUUCUAUUAGUUGAUGAGACGGCAGCCGAGUUCCUUGUUCUACUGGUGCGUUCACUGCCAAAGACAAGGCUGCUGCUACUCACUUGAAGGUCUGUUUCCUGCUUUCUCUUGUUCUUAGUUGUUGUCUUUCGUUUGUUAUUAUUUUGCCUUCUGAUAUGUGAUUGGCCUUUUUCCCAAUGAAAUUAGAUUUCUCAU